AUCAUUAUUAAUUAAUAAUUAUUAAUUAUUCAGUCGUCUUAAAAAUAAACGGUUAUUCCUAACUUAUACACAAAUUAUUUUUAAACUUAAAUUAAUAGUUCCUCAUUUCUGUUUUUACAACGAUAGUGAAUUUUUUUUGUAGUUUUGUUUUGUAAAAUAGUCUUUAAGAAGUCAAUUUAAAAUGCUAAAUGGAUCUGGAGACUUGGUUCCCGAAAUUCUAUAUGCACUUUUAGGCUAUAAUUCUAGCAUCUUAAAAAAUGCAGCAGAUAUUAUUUGGGAUGAUGAGUAUAAUAUAAUUUCCACCGAAGAACGUGAAUUAUUGAUACGUUUCAGCUCUCUGGCUGAUAAUUACAAAUAUCUAAAUGAUUUUGUUAUGUCCGACAAUAGCUUAGCUACUAAACACACAGCACCGUGUCAAGAAAAAGAAGGUCUAUACUUUAAAGCAUUAAAAAACGGAAUAUUUCUUGCCACACGCAAUUAUCGCACUUGUAUUACUGACAUUGAAAAAGGUUUAUCUACUAAUAAAGAAAACCGAUGUAUACUUUUCGAAGUACUCAGAAAAGUUGAAGAACACAAACCUUUACUUGUCACAUUAAAGGAUAUUGUAGACAAAAUCACACUAUCCAAACAGCACGGAGGAGAAAUAUUAAAUCUCAUAUAUGAUGUAAUAAAUACCAAGUUCAUUAAUGACAGAGUACAACUUUCCUUAAUAUUCAAACAAUGUUUACAGGUACUUAUUAUGCAGUUAAAAACAAUUUUAUCGCAUGGAGUUAUUUUCGAUCCUUGCAAAGAGUUUUUUAUCGAAGAACAAUGUUAUGGAAGCACAAAGGAAUUUAAACGUUUUUCAUUAAUACCUAAUUUAAUGCCAUCUUUCAUUUCACUAUCAGUUGCUAACAAAAUAAUUCGCAUGGGUGAAGUAAUCAGGAGUUUACAAAAUUCGUAUGGAGAGCAGUGUCCAACGGAAUACAAAAAUAUUUCUCACGAGCUAUAUGGACAAAAGAGAGAUCAGUUGUUUCAAGAUUUAUUGGCGUUGGAAAAUGUACCCUUAUUUACAAAAAAUGAGUUUACAGAUGUAAUCGAUAAGUUCUUUAAUGUAGUUGACGAAUAUUUGAUGAAGGCAUCGUUUAAUGAAAAUAGUUUUUACAAUCAUAUGAAAUUAGUGAGAGAUUUUUAUUUGCUGGGAAACGGUGAAUUUUAUAGACAUUUCUUGAGUAAAUUAGGAAGUUUAUCUUUAAGAUCUGUACACAGUUUGCGAUCUGUGAAGUUGGCGUUUCUUAAUUCAGCACAAGAUACAAAAUUACCAAAAUCUGUUUAUAGAGCGUUUAAAUUCAGUACAUUAGAAAAUCAAGAAGCUGGUGAUGUCAAGUGGACAAAAAUUAAACUGUCCAUGGAAACUAAAUGGCCUUUGCAGUUUAUUUUCACAGAAUCUACAAUGAAAAAUUAUUCAAAAUUAUUUGCUUUUUUAGCACGUAUUAAGCAAGUACAAACUAAUUUGCACAACAUUUGGAUUGAAACUAAAUCUAAAGAUAGCAAGAUAAACGAGCCAGUUAAUCAUCUCAAAACCAGAUUGACAUUUUUGAUUGACACUCUAUACAGUUAUCUACAGCUUGAUGUAAUUGAAGAUGAAUACUUCUUGUUUUUAGAAAAACUGUCCAACGCUCAAGAUUUUACAACUAUUAAGUAUACACACGAUAAAUUUCAAUCUAAUAUCAUGAGGGAUUCGUUUUUAUUCAUAGAAGACGUAUACAUGGCAUUUAAUCAGAUAAUGGAUAUGUGUGAAAACUAUUAUAGAUUUAUGACUGAUAUUACGGCUGCUUUCAGCCCGCAGUACAAACAAAGUCUGAAUGAAUUAAAUUUACUCUUCAGCAAAAAACCAAAUAAACUUUCAUCACUGCUAAAUAGUAUUAAGGAUGUUAAUGUAAGUACAGCUCCUAAAUUAAAUCAAUUUAUUACCAGGUUAAACUAUAAUAACUGGUUUUUUCAAGCAAUUGUCGAUGAAAAUGACACCAUUAUUUAAAUCACUGGUAAAUUUUACUAUUAUUAUUUUGUCAGAUCAUAAUACAAAUAUUAAUUUUA